AUGACAAAGUUCCGCCCCUGCAUAGACCUGCACGCCGGCAGCGUGAAGCAGAUUGUCGGCGGCACGCUCUCGACCACGACGCCGUCCGGCCUCAAGACAAACUGGACGUCGGAGCAUCCGGCGGCCUACUACGCGGCGCUGUACAAGCAACACGCUCUCGCGGGCGCUCACGUGAUCAUGCUGGGCCCUGGCAACGACGCCGCAGCGCAGGAAGCCCUCGCCGCGUGGCCGGGCGGCAUGCAGGUCGGCGGCGGCAUCAGCGAUGCGAACGCGGGCGAGUGGAUUGCGCGCGGGGCCGACAAGGUCAUUGUCACAUCGCACCUCUUCCCCGGCGCGGAGUUUAGCAUGCCGCGCCUGCAGGCCGUGCUGGCCGCGCUGCACAACGACACGGACAAGCUCGUCGUCGACCUGAGCUGCCGCCGAAAAGACGAGGCGUGGUUCGUUGCGACAGACAAGUGGCAGACGAUGACGGACUUUGAGCUCAACAGAGAGAACAUCCAGCUCCUCGAGCCGCACUGCGCCGAGUUCCUGAUCCACGCCGCCGACGUCGAGGGCCUGCAGCGCGGCAUCGACCACGAGCUCGUGUCCAAGCUGGCCGAGUGGUGCAGCAUCCCCGUGACGUACGCGGGCGGCGGACGGGCGCUGGACGAUCUGGAGCUGGUCAAGCGGCUGAGCGGCGGCAAAGUCGACCUGACCAUUGGCUCGGCGCUGGACAUCUUCGGGGGCACGGGCGUCGACUUCGCCGCGUGCGUGGCGUGGAAUGCGCAGCAGUGA